CGCAUGACCAUGCAUGUUCCCACUCUUCUUCAUCUUCUCGACCUUUCUCCUUUAUUCUCUCAAGUGACUCUGAGGGUAUUCUUUGUAAAUAUAUCUGGAGUUCUGAAAUCUCCAAUUCUCUAGCCUUUUGAUUUCUUUCAUUUUGAACCUUUCACUCUGAUCUACCAUUCACUUUCGAUAUGGUCUCAGCCGCUCCCACGAACGGUGCUCCAGUCUCCGAAGCAGCCACCAUGACUCCCCCUUCGUCGCAAGAGCAGCAGUGGUCUGUAGACUCAGUUGUAUCGACAUUGUCCACGCCAUUGGAGGCAAACACGACCUCUCCUGUCCCAUUUUUCCACCUUCUAGAGCGGCUCAAGACGACUAAGCGAGAAGGAUGGCGACGAUUCAAUAUCAACCACGGCGAAUCCAUCUCGGACCACAUGUACCGAAUGUCGCUGCUCACAAUGUUUGCUCCCCCUUCGCUGGCCUCUCGUAUUGACGUGCAGCGCUGCACGCGCAUGGCGCUCGUUCACGACAUGGCGGAGGCCCUGGUCGGCGAUAUUACUCCUGUUGACGGCGUGCCCAAGGCGGAGAAGUCGCGCCGCGAGGCCGAGACUAUGGAUUUCAUCUGCAAAUCGCUUCUUGGCAGAGUGCCAAGCGCUGGGACUGGGGAGCAGAUUCGUGCUAUUUGGCAGGAAUACGAGGACGGCGAGACGCUCGAAUCUAAAUACGUCCACGAUAUCGAUAAGGUCGAGCUUCUCCUGCAGAUGGUGGAAUAUGAGCGCGCACACGAGGGCGCCAUUGACUUGCAGGAGUUCUCGUAUGUCGCCACUCGUAUAGUGCUACCUGAAGUUAAGGCCUGGGCCGAGGACAUUCUCCGAGAGAGAGAGGUGUUUUGGGAGGGUAUCGGUAGAAAGCACAAAGCUGGUCUCAGCGACAAAUUGAAGUCCCAGCAGGACGAGUAUUACAGCAGCGGUCCAUCGGCAGCCAAGCCUUGA